AUGGUUCAAAGGAAGAUAUCAAUAUCCGAAAUUCUUCCAUGCGUCGAUAACGGCCAAACCCAAUCCGACGCCGAUAGUACCUACUGCCGACUACGAGCACUGCCAUCUACGGCGGUCAAAAUCAUCCGCAAUCGCGCGGGGGAAGACGAACUGCAGUGGGUGAGAGGAGAUAAGCCUCGUUUUGAGGGAUCUGAGGUCAUUGUCGGGGAACCAAAUCUCGAGAUAACGCAGGAAAGCUUCGACGAAACACAGAGGCAACCAAAUUUCGAGGCAAACGAGUACUGCAGGUUGUUGCAUGUGUUGGCAGACAGUCGUAUGCUGGUCGCUAGAGCUCAAAUGAUGGAGCCCCGAUCCCGUGACGAGCUCGAUGGAGAGUUCAUUGAUCCUUGGUCAGACUACAUACCACCGAUGUACAAUGACGUAAAUUUUAAACCGGAACCCUGUUCAUCAGUGUGUGGUGGGGUUACACGGGACGACAUAAUAUCGAUCGAUCCAGGACAACGGAAGUACGAGCGACUGGCGGGGACAUUGAAGCGGAAAUUUGGAGAAUUCAAGUCUCUUUAUGGAACUGCGGUGACCCGGUUUGAAGCAUCGGGACAGGGAGACCCAGAUGGAUUCGCGCUCUACGCAUAUGGCAAAGUGCAUCUGAUGUACGCUUUUUGCUUUCUCGAGCGUCAUCCGUUUCUACAACCUCUAGCCACGAGGGUUCUACAGAGUGAUGCACAGAGGGAGGAGGGGGUUGGAGAGGGGGUCGGUCCUGCAGACUUUUCUGCACCUAUGGGAAGCAGAGGGGUGUCGCCCGGGCACAGAAAAAAGCGCACGAGAUCAGUAUUAGGGGAAUGGAGUCAUUGUCGUCGCCUUUACAGCCGAUGUCGCAGGUGGUUGCGCGCGCGACAGAAGAGACCGAAAGGGAUAAAGCGCAGUACGAGGCUUUCGAGGCGAAAGGCAGGUCGACAAAGCAGCUACUGUCUGCCAUCAAUGAGGCGAAAGAUAUGAUGGAAAAGUCUGAGACAACGGAGGAGCGGGAGGUUUACGAAAGAGUUGUGCAGGGUCUGAUGCAGAAUCUUACUUCACAAGUGUGAUGAGAUUUCUUAGCGAUCGCGAGGUCUAGGCCGUAUGUACCCACAGUCAAACAACCUUUGUGCAACGCGUUGGCGCAGGUCAGUUUCCUCCCUAUCCUUUCGCCUAUUACGAGUUACGUAUUGUUCAUUGUGUAGUAAAUUCUGCGUCCAAACUACAGGGGAACCACUUGUACUGUUAUCCUCGUGUGUUGGUAUCUCCUCAAAGCAUUCGUCGGCCUUCCGAUCUGUAAUAAAGUUGUGUAGUUCGCAGCACACCAUUAUGAUGAGA